UGCCCUGAUCCUGGGCUGCCCCGGCCCUGGCACAGCCUGGAGCCGCGGUGACAAAGCUGCCAUUGUCCCGGACGGCGCUACCUGCUUCCGCUACCCCGGCGGGGGCCCCCGGGCAGGCAAGGGAAGCAGAGUGGGGGACCCAGUCCACUUAAUCCCUCUGAGCCCCGGGGAGAAGCAGCCUAGUGUACAGCCCCUUCGUAAUCCCGGCCCCCUGCGCAUCUCCCCGCCCGCUUCCCCGCUCCUGCCUGCCGCCGUCCGGACCUGGGUGUUGAGUUGGGCAAGAAGUAAUCCAGGAGCAAAAGCCAGGCCCCGGCCCCUCCCCGCGUAGCCGCCCUGUUACCCCAUCAGAGCAACCCAGUCUUUGGGGCUCCGCCUGGUGGCAACACCUCCCCCCACCCACCCCGCCCCACAGGCGUCGGGGCCCCUCCUCCGCGGCCCCGUGGAGCUGUGCUGACACAGCCUUGUACGUCCUUGGCCUGUCCCGGCAGCGAGGGCCCCUGAGCAGGCCGGGCCCAGCCUUGGUACCUGUCCCACUGGGGGACUGUGGCCUGGCCAGACCCUGCCGAUAGUGCAGUCAGCGGCCCCAGCCUGCAGUGCCCAUCUUUGACCCCUGUGAGGGCAAUGCUGGAGUGCCAGCAGGGAAAGGGCUGGCCCUGCUGGGCUUCCUGGUGCUGCUGCCAAUGACCAUGCCCUGGGGUCAGCUGGGCAAGGAUGGCUGGCUGGGGGGCACACACUGUGUGGCCUGCCUGGCACCACCUGCAGGCUCUGUGCUCUAUCAUCUCUUCAUGUGCCAUCAAGGGGGCAGCCCUGUGUACACUCGGCUCCUUGCCCUGGAUAUGUGUGGGGUCUGCCUCGUCAACACCCUCGGGGCCCUGCCUAUCAUCCACUGCACCCUGGCCUGCAGGCCCUGGCUGCGCCCAGCUGCCCUGGUGGGCUACACCAUGCUGUCAGGUGUGGCUGGCUGGAGGGCCCUCACCGCUCCCUCCACCAGUGCCCGUCUUCGAGCUUUUGGUUGGCAGGCUGGUGCCCGCCUCCUGGUGUUUGGGGCCCGGGGAGUGGGACUGGGCUCUGGAGCUCCAGGCUCCCUGCCCUGUUACCUGCGCAUGGACGCCCUAGCACUGCUUGGGGGGCUAGUGAACGUGGCCCGUCUGCCAGAGCGCUGGGGACCAGGCCGCUUCGACUACUGGGGCAAUUCACACCAGAUCAUGCAUCUGCUCAGUGUGGGCUCCAUCCUGCAGCUGCACGCUGGCGUCGUGCCUGACCUGCUCUGGGCCGCCCGCCACGCCUGUCCCCCAGACUGAGCCAUGGCCCACACAAUGCCAGCCUGUCCAGUCUUCUAGGGCCAACACCACCAGGCUUCCCUCCUUCUGCUGGUCUGCAAGGGACUGGCUCCUUGGAUGCCUCCCAGCUGUUCACCCAUUCUUCCCUGUGGACGAGCCUCUCCUCUACCCACACCUCGGAGCUCCAGCUUCCUUCCCCGCCUUCUUCCAGGGCAGCGUCUUCCUGUGCAGCUAGAAGGAAACCGGUCCUUCUGAGGGCCUGUUCACCCUCUGUGACCUGUGAGGGUUGGACCAGAGGGAUGCUGGGGUCCGUCUAGCUCUGAUGGCUGGAGUCCUGCCAGCCCAGAGCCAUAGCCCCACCCUGCCCCUUCUAAGGUACCUCAUGGGUGGCUGGCCCGGCCACCAAUCCACGAUUCCUCCAUCUUUUGGCCCUGCAUGCCAGCCCAUCCAGCAACCUAAGGCUCACCCACCCCUUCUUCCUCUGUCCAGAAUGGAGUGAGGGGUUUGGACAGCAGGACUAUCCAUUGAUCCCAGGACCAAGGGGCAGGAAGAUUGCUGCUGCUUUUCCCAGGCAACUGGCACAGAUGUGAAGAGCUGAGUGGCCCUGGACCACUGGGCUAAGGGCCCACCCUCCACCUUGAGUGCCAUAUUCUGAAGGCUCAACCUGCCCACCGGGGACACGCCUGCUCAGGAAAUCGCUGGCCCACACAGCAUGGGGCUCCCAGCUGCAAUGUGCUGGCCUGGGGCUCUGCAGCCAGCCUCAGCCUCAGCCCGUCCCAGGGCCCUCAGACCCUGGGCGAUGUCAAUAAAAUGGGCAGGAAGUGCUGUGUUGCCAUGCAA